AUGGACUACAUCGACGAGGAAUAUGACCGGCUUGUUGAACACCUUCAGGACUGCACGAAGAAGGCUGAGAGUUUUAAAGCCACCAAGAGACGCCUGUCUCUUGAAACUCUUGAGCUGAUACGCCAGCAGCAGCACGAGCCGCAGGGAACGAAGUUCUUCUACUCUGAUCUCUUCGACAGCCAUGUCCACUUGUCUCCUCACCAUCUGAGGGAAGACGGACAAGUCAUUCCAGAGGUUCUUCCAUCCGAAAUACGACAUGCUAUCAUGUCGGUAAGGAAUCGUACGGCACCCGGUCCCGACAGAAUAAGACCAGAACACCUGAAGAACCUUCCGCCAGUACUCGUCAACACCCUGGCGAGGCUCUUUACACGUUAUUUGUCAGAAUGCAAGGUUCCUAAACAGUGGAAGACCAGCAAGACCGUGUUGUUAUAUAAAAAGGGAGAUCCACAUGACAUCGGCAACUAUCGUCCAAUCUGCUUAAUGUCCGUCAUCUACAAGCUCUUUACAAGAGUGAUCCUUAAUAGGAUUGAAAAAGUCUUGUAUGAAGGACCCAUGCGAGCAAGCAGGGUUUCGAAAAGGAUUCAGCACGAUUGA